ACAUACAGUGAUGUCUCUUGUCCAUCGUGCCCCAUCAUCACCUAACCAACACAAAACCCAAUUGCCAGCCAACCCCCAACACCACUCUUCAGCCUCAAGCCAACCAAGAACCCGAGGCGAGGCCCCAUAUAUUGUCACCUACAACAAAGCCCCCCGUCAAUUGCGUACGUGCUAGCUUCGCCCCCACAGAGCCUCGCUUGCGCUUUGGUCACUGAGAAAGCAGAGUGCUCUGCGAAGUUAACUCUGCUACACGAUGAGCUCGGGCAAGCAGGAAGGCGGGACUAGGAUGCCGCUGAGCUCGAAGGCCAUGUCGUUCAAAGAUCAGUCCGGGGGCGCCGUGGCCAACAACGGCUCCUUCAGGGUGUACUACAGCCUCGGCGCCGCCGGGGCCGUGCCGUUCGUCUGGGAGACCAAGCCCGGCACGCCCAAGAGCACCGUUGUCCCGGCCGCCCGUGCCGCCGGCUACGAUAAGCCGCCGAUGACGACGAUGAUCUCGCCGCCGCCGUCGUACCAGUCCAGAGCAAGGAAGGGGUGUGCUACUACCACGAGGAGGGCGGCCGGGACGUCUUCCUCGUAUUGGCCUUCAAGGUGGCUGCCGGGGUGGAUGGCGAGAUGGCUCGGCGUCAGGAGCCGGCUGUGGCCGUCGUCCAUGGCCGACGGAGACCGCUGGCUCGCGCCGGUCGACAGCGGCGAGGAUGAAGAUGUCCACGGGCGAAGGCCGCGUCGGCGUGCGGUGCUCAUGUGCUUCUGAGUUCUGAGUCGAGUCGAGCCGAGCCGCCAUGGAACGGUGGCCUUUGCUGCACCUUGCGUCCAUGGUCGAUAAUCGGUCGAUUAGCGUGUAUAGUAAAGUAAGUACUACAGUAUGGUAUUUGAGCUGGACGUUGAUUUACCAAGUAUUAGGUUGGCUUUGUUUCUUCCCACCCCUCCCUCUGGUGAUAGAUUUGUUGCAGUGUUUGGCUGUUUGCAGGACGAAAUAUUUCAUGAUUGGGGUACCCAUGAUUGUGACUAGGCUUAAUUGUGUUGUGACUGCCUGAGUGUGGUAUAUGAGCUUUUUCCUGCA